CACAGGCUACCUCCUAAGUUAAUGUUUCUAUUCUGUACAUUAUGUACUUCAUGUAAUUCAGUUUUUGCCGUUUUUACAGACACUCCGUGCACACUGCUCUGUAAUAUGAGUGCUAUCUGACGGCCCAAUCUGGGCAGCCUAUAAAUAUUGAACCAACUUCCCUUUUGCAACUUUCCCCUCUCUCUCUUUCUGCCUGUGUGUGUGUUGACUUUCCCCUCUCUCUCUUUCUGCGUGUGUGUUGAAGAGAGCAAGGUGAGACUACACAAAGGAGUGAUUGAGCGAGUGAGUCAGUCGCAGGGAUCUGUUAGAGGGAGGGAGUGUUAGGGAAACUUAAAGCUGGCAACAAAACACUGAAGAGGGUCUGCAUUUAGAAAAAUCCUGCUGACCAGAUAACUGUAACUCAUGGAUCUUUGAGGACUUAAAAGAAAGAAAUUGGAUACAUAGGCAAAAGAAAAAAGUAGGGGAAGGGCCAGAAUAUAAACAUUCAAAAGGAAACCAGAGGAAAAGAAGAGGAGGGAACAGCCACUCGGUGAACACAACCCUGAACACAAUGGAAGUCUACACAGUGAAAGUAGCAACUGGUACAUCAGAGUAUUCAGGCACCAACAACUACAUCUACGUGACCCUGGUGGGGGAGAAAGGAGAGAGUGAACGCACCGUGCUGGACAACCCCGGACUGGAUUUCUGCCGAGGAGCGGUGGAUGAGUACAAGGUGACCAGCCCCUCACCUCUCGGCCCCCUGCUGCUGGUCAGGCUGGAGAAGCAGAGGUACUGGUUGGAGGACAACUGGUUCUGUCGCUACGUCACAGUGGAGCCUCCAGGUGGAGACACAGUGCUGACGUUCCCCUGCUACCGCUGGUUCAUCGGAGACACCAAGGUGGAGAUAAGGGAGGCCACAGCGAAGACCCCAAUGCAAGAUUCCUUACCCCAGCUGCUGGAGCACAGGAGGAAGGAGCUGCAGGAGAGACAGGCCACUUACAGAUGGGUCACAUGGGCUCCGGGGAUUCCCAGAUGUAUCGACGCCAAAACAGAAGCAGAUUUACCCCAGGAUGAACGCUUCGACAACGAGAAAAGGAGCGACUUUGAACAUUCACUGCACUACGCAUUGCUCGAGUUGUCUCUGAAGAAGCUGGCCAUCAGGUUUGGGAAGUCUUGGAAUGACUUGGAGGAUUUCAAACGAAUUUUCUGGAAACUACGAAGUCCCAUAGCCGAGUACUGCAUGGAGCACUGGAAGGAGGACUGGUUCUUCGGCUACCAGUGUAUGAACGGCUCUAACCCCAGGAUGAUCCGGAUGAUCCAGAAGCUUCCAGAGAACUUCCCAGUAGUUCCCAACAUGGUGCAGAGCUCCAUGGCUCUGGGGACCCACCUGGACAUAGAACUCAAGGCAGGGAACAUCUACCUAUUGGACUACGCCAUCAUGGACGGGAUCCCCACCAACACCAUCAGAGGGAGACCCCAGUUCAUCGCGGCCCCCCUCUGUCUGCUGUACCUGCACCCAGACAACGGACUCAUGCCCAUCGCUAUACAGCUGGAGCAGAAUCCGGACCGGGACACCCCCAUCUUCCUGCCCAGCGACCCCCCCCUGGCCUGGCUGAUGGCUAAGAUGUGGGUGCGUCACUCUGAGUUCCAGGUGUUCCAGCUGCUGUCCCACCUGCUGCGGACCCACCUGGUGGUGGAGGUGUUCUGUGUGUCCACCCUGAGGCAGCUGCCCGCCGUGCACCCCGUAUACAAGCUCCUGUCCCCUCACCUGCGCUACACCCUGGAGAUCAACUGCAGGGGGCGCACUCAGCUCCUCUCGUCCAACGGCAUCUUCAAAAGGGUUGUGUCCACCGGGGGGGAAGGCCUUAUGAUCCUGGCCCAGAGGGAGUACAAGGUGCUGACGUACCGCUCCCUGCAGCCCCCCCGCGACUUCGCUGACAGGGGUGUGUUCCAGCUCCCCAAAUACUUCUACAGAGACAACAGUCUGAUGCUAUGGGAGGCCAUUCACAGUUUUGUCUCGGGCAUUGUGAGUCUUUAUUACCAUUCAGACGAGGACGUGACGGAGGACCAGGAGCUCCAGGCCUGGUUCAGAGACAUCACUCAGGAGGGCUUCACAGAGCUGCCCAACUUUGGUCUGCCCAGCAGGCUGACCCUGGAGGAGCUGAGCACCCUGCUGUCAGUGGUCAUCUUCAUCGCCACAGCCCAGCACGCUGCCACCAACAACGGACAGUUUGAUUGGUGCGCCUGGGUCCCGAACACCCCCUGCACCAUGAGACACCCCCCCCCAGCAGACAAAGAUGCUGUCACCAUGGAGAUGAUCAUGGCCACCCUCCCUGAUGUGAGCCAGUCCUGUGUGCAGAUGGCCAUCACAUGGCAUCUGGGGCGGGCCCAGCCAGACGCAAUUCCUUUGGGCCAAUACGCUGAGGAGCAUUUCAAUGAGGGGCGGGCCCAGGAGGUGAUUGACAGGUUCAGAGCAGAGCUGAAGGAGAUCGAGGAGCAGAUCCUGGGUCAGAAUGAAGGACUGGAGCUCCAGUACCUGUUCCUGCUGCCCAGCCGCGUGGAGAACAGCAUCACCAUUUAGAGAACAUCCAGAUAGAGUCAGGGAGUCAUUACAUUCAAUGUUGUAUUCAAAAGAAAACACAAGUAUGGAGAAAUAUUUGUGUAUGUGUUUGAAUAUGAAACAUUUUAUGGAAUAUGCAGUGUGUUGUAAAGUUGUGGAAGAAAUACUCAGAUCUUGUACUUCAGUCAAAGUUGCAAUACUACAUUUCAUGCAAUCAUUCAAAAAUCUUACUUAAGUAAAAUUAAAAAAGUUUGCCAUUAAAAAUAUACUUAAAGAGACAAAAGUAAAAGUACUCGUUAUGCUUAAUGGGACAUUUCAGGAUUCACUUAGGAGUACUGCAUUAAUUCAUCCAUCACAAUUGGUAAAGUUUGAGCUAAUUUGAAUGACUUUGUAAACUGAUCUGAAUAUUUUAGCCUUAAAUUAAAAGUACAUUUUUUACUUAUUAGUUGAUUUAUAAUUGGUUUUAUCUCAUAAUCUGAACCUAUAAAGUAAUUAGUAACUAAAGCUGCCAAAGUAUUGAGUGUCAUAUAUUUAAAAGACUCAGGUAAAGUACAAGUACCUCAAAUGUGUACAGUACUUGAGUAAAUCUACUUUAUUAAAUCCCACCACUGGUGUUGUACAAAGUGUACAAUGUGUAGCAGUAGACAUAUUUUGUCAUGAAACCAAUAUUUUUCUACAUGGAUAUUUAUCACUAUUAUACAUUUGAAAAGAUAUAAUUAUAGAUGUUAAUGUGUAAAGAAAAUAAUGCGGAUAGUCAACUAACUGUGGAUAUGAUGUACUGUUGAAAU